UUUGGAAAGCAUUCGAACACGGCGUCUGGGUAAACAAGUGGACGGCGGGUCGUGGGACGUCGCAGGGGAAUUCGGGGUUUUAAGCCUUUAUUAGUGUGGUAUUUUCCGUGUGUUCUUGUGAGGAGUAACGACGAGAGGUAGGAUAGACUGUCAUAAUGCAUAUCGCAAUUGAAGGAUGCUCCCAUGGAGAGCUGGACACCAUUUACAACUCUGUGUUACGACUGGAGCAGAUUCAUGGUUUCAAAGUGGACCUCCUCCUCUGCUGUGGAGAUUUUCAAUCUGUGCGCAACGAGCAGGAUCUGAAGUGCAUGGCCUGUCCGGUCAAAUACAUGGAUAUGCGUGAUUUCUACAAAUAUUAUUCAGGUGAGAAGAAGGCCCCUGUGUUGACCAUAUUCAUCGGGGGCAACCAUGAGGCCUCUAACUACCUUCAGGAAUUCCCCUAUGGUGGGUGGGUUGCCCCUAACAUUUACUACCUGGGAUAUGCAGGUGUGGUCAGAUUCGGAGGGCUGCGAAUUGGGGGCCUUUCAGGGAUUUAUAAGGGCCCAGACUACCUCAAAGGGCACUAUGAGAAGCCACCUUAUACUGGGGAGUCAGUCCGAAGUGUUUAUCAUGUGCGAAACCUUGAGGUCUUUCGGCUAAAGCAGCUUUCAGGUGAGAGCGAUAUUUUCAUGUCCCAUGACUGGCCACGGGGUAUCUAUCACCAUGGAGACAAAGAAAAAUUACUCAAGUGGAAACAGCAUUUCCGUUCUGAAGUAAAGAAUAAUACACUGGGAUCAAGACCUGCAGAAGAACUCUUAAAGAAGAUAAGGCCAAAGUACUGGUUUUCUGGUCAUCUUCAUGUCAAGUUUCCUGCUGUAUUGCGACAUAAGGACGAAAAUACCCACAAAGCGAAGGUGACAAAAUUCUUGGCGUUGGACAAGUGCCUGCCUCGGCGUGACUUCCUACAAGUGAUAGAAGUGCAGAAUGCGGGACCUCUAGAGUUGAGCUAUGAUGCAGAAUGGCUGACUAUUCUACGACUUACCAACCACCUUCUCUCUGUUGGUACACGGACUGUCUACAUGCCUGGGCCGGGAGGGUCCGAGAGAUACCAGUUCACACCUACAAAGGAAGAGAUUGAUGAUACCAUCCAGAUGAUGGGAUGCAACCUGAAGGUUCCUCUAGACUUUGUUCCAACAGCACAGUCUUAUGAAAGUAGCCAAGGCAAGCCCAAGAUGGAACAGGUGCCUAUGCCCCAGCCGCUACUCAACCCACAGACGAUAGCUUUUUGUGACAAACUUGGAUUGGAUGAUCCUUUGGCUAUCUUACUUGGAGCCAAGAGAAAAGCUCAAUCAUCGCCAAAGUUGUCACCCCCGACCAGAAGUCUGAAUGACUCGGAGCUUAAUAUUACGCUGGACUCCUCCAAGAUUUCGAACAAUCCAGAUGAGGUUGAGUUAAGUGAUGCUGAUGAUGAUGAUGAUGCAGAUAUUGUGAUGGAAAUGACAUUACUUCAUGAAGGUCAAGAUAAUGCUGAAGCCAGUGCUGAGGCAGCCAUUGAGGAUGUUGUAAGUCCCAUCAGAAGAGAUUCCUUUUCCACAUCUCAGAGCCCAGGAAUGCAGCCAACAGCCAGCUCUCCACGGCUGAAAAUAACCCAUGGACAACGACGGGGCCUCUUGCUGUCGGAACCUAAGAGUGACAACAGAAAAUCUCCAGUUCCUUUCAAUUUUGAAUCUUCAUCAGCUUCGUCUUCACUUAGUGAGAGUGAAUCAAGUCCGCGCAGAAGCCCACAGGCCAAACGGACUAAUGAAGCAAGCGACAAGGAAAUGUCCCAGACGGAAACAGUGUCAUCGUCAUCUACCAGUGGGGACAACAUGCUGGGAAUGAAGAAAUUCAAGCGAAGAAAUCAAGCCAUAUAUUCGUCGGCAGAGGAAGACAUGUAAAUAGUAUUGAAAACAGGUGCAUGAUUCUUGUGGUGAAUGUGAAGUGAGCUGAUAUUUUAAUGUCUCAUAAUGAGAAGAGAUUGGAGUUUGCUCUGUCCAGUGAAGGUGUGUGAAUGAAUUUUUGAAAUCCAUUGUUCAUGAAUGGAUAUAAAAUUGUAUGUUACUUUUUUUAUAUUUUUAUAAUACAAAGUGGCAAUACUGUUUUGUCUAGUGCUAAGGUGCAAAUUUUGUAAUCUGCAUGAUGUGCAGACAGAGGGGUUUGACAAGGAAUGAAUGACUUUGUGAUUGCGUAAAUAUGUAAAAAUAAUCUUGAAAUUACACAAGUAUUGUGUGAUCUGGUACAAAGUUUUAAAAUUUGCUUCAUUUUGUUGCACAUGUUACUUUUUGUUUUCAUUGUAGUAACAUUGAUAAUGCAGAUUUGCAGAAAUGUUUUUUAUUAUCAGAGAUGAGGAAAUUAUUUGUAACAAGAAGUUAACAGGUUUUUCAUGUAGACUUUUGAAUGCUUCAGGUCCUUGAAUUUGUUAUUUUACCAAAAGACAUACAUUCUGUUUUGAAAGUGAGCCGUCACACAUUCUUGAAUUGUACAAACUCAGCCAUGUGUGAUUUUAAUUAUUAAGACUGCUGCGUUUUUUGUUUCUCGAGCAAAGUUUUUCCUCUCUGCUAUAUAGACCAUUUAAUUCUUGUUCGAUCCUUUGUUAUCCUUUUAGCAUAACCUCCUCAGUCUCUUUGUAAAACAGCUAACCUUGAAAAAAGUUAGUUUCCCCAAAAGAUCAUGAACAUCAGAAAGAGAACCUUCACAAGGAUGAAGUGAAUAUUGAAAACUAUUUGUACUUUGAGGAGAUAACAAAGUUCUGGGGUGCAGCCACAACAUGCACAAUGCAUUUCAAAGUUUUGGUUGUGUAAUGAAAUAAUUAUGUUCAUCUUUACAUCUUCUUGCUCUUCUUCACAUGAUAAACCACUGUUUGCUUCUUUUCUCUUUUUUUUUUUUUUAGUCUCUUGGUCACAGGUUCACCUUAUUCUCUCGCAUUGUCUUCUUAAACUUGUUUUACAUUCAGAAUUAAGACCAUUAUUUCAAUAUCAUUUCAAACUAUAGUGUUUCAUACAGUUAUGUAUACAGAAGACAGUUUUAUUAUAUCAUAACUAAGAAUAGUCAUGUUUUUGUGGUUGAGUUUAUUUGUGAAAGAAUAUCUUUUACUUAGUGAAAUCAGUUGUGUACAUUAUUUAUUUAUUGAUACAUAGAUAAUGUAACUAAAUAUGGAGAAAUCUAUAUUAUAGAAACUUUCUUG